UCAAAUGAAAGCUUUUGAUUUAUAUUUUAAUCAUAGUGUAGCUUGUGAACUGAUGUUCACAUAUAACAGAGCUCACAUCAGGAUUUUAGAGGAUUGUUCAACAAAAUUGAAAGAAGAAAUCAGCGGCGGGAGUCCGGUGACUGAACCGGUCCGCGUCCUGCGCGCUUUUCUCUUCUGCACUUCACCGCCAAACACCACGCCGACUGCGGGCUACAUGUUCAUCUGAGUGACCCUGGUGGUUCCUAACCACUUCUUUCUUCAGCACAGGACACAUCUCCCUCUCCAUCGUUUUUUCCCUCUCCUCUCUUUUGGAUGUCAUUACGAUGGGACUACUUGAUGCUCUUAGAGAUUUCAGUUUACUGACAUGGCUGAGGGAAGAGAGACAGUCCAGGAGGCUGAUCCUGUUCAUCGUUUUUAUUGCUUUGCUAUUGGAUAACAUGUUGUUGACGGUGGUGGUACCAAUCAUCCCCAGCUACUUGUACACAGUGGAUGAUGAGGCUUCCACUGCAGCCAAGAACCACUCCGUCUCCUCUCAGUCUCCAUCUGGAACCUUCCAGACCAUUGUGUCUCUUUACGAUAACUCCACUCGCCUGACCAACCUCAUCCCGCAGGUCAGCACCCCAGGCGUGACCUUUUCCCCGACCAUGACCCCAGCAGCCAAUGCUUCUGACUGCCACAAAGCCGACCAGCAGCUCCUGAACGAGAAUGUAAAAGUGGGGCUCCUGUUUGCCUCAAAGGCCACAGUGCAGCUCAUCACCAACCCAAUUAUAGGACCUCUAACUAACAAAAUUGGCUACCAGAUCCCGAUGUUCGCCGGGUUCUGCAUCAUGUUCCUCUCAACCAUUAUGUUUGCCUUCUCGUCGAGCUAUGUGCUGUUGUUCCUGGCAAGGUCCUUGCAGGGAGUUGGCUCUUCUUGCUCCUCUGUAGCAGGUAUGGGAAUGCUGGCAAGUGUGUAUACAGAUGAUGAGGAGAGAGGAAAUGCAAUUGGCAUAGCACUGGGAGGACUUGCUAUGGGAGUAUUAGUUGGCCCACCAUUUGGCAGUGUGAUGUAUGAGUUUGUGGGAAAGACGGCUCCUUUCCUGGUCCUGGCUGUUUUAGCAGUGUUAGAUGGAGCACUGCAGCUGUUUGUCCUUCAGCCUUCUAAAGUUGAUCCAGAGACUCAGAAAGGCUCGUCGCUGAUGACCCUCAUGAAAGAUCCUUAUAUCCUGAUUGCAGCAGGGUCUAUUUGUUUCGCUAACAUGGCCAUCGCAAUGCUGGAGCCCGCCCUGCCAAUCUGGAUGAUGGAAACUAUGUGUGCUAGAAAAUGGCAGCUAGGUGUUGCCUUUUUGCCAGCCAGCAUCUCCUACCUGAUCGGGACAAAUAUCUUCGCUGUUCUGGCUAACAAAAUGGGGAGGUGGCUGUGCUCUCUUAUAGGAAUGCUGUUGGUUGGGAUCAGCAUUAUCUGUGUGCCUUUUGCUAAAGACAUCUAUGGACUCAUUCUGCCAAAUUUCGGCGUCGGUUUUGCGAUUGGUAUGGUGGACUCCUCUAUGAUGCCAAUCAUGGGCUACUUGGUGGAUCUGAGACACGUCUCAGUGUAUGGCAGCGUGUACGCUAUAGCUGAUGUGGCCUUCUGCAUGGGCUUUGCGUUCGGACCAUCAGCCGGUGGAGCUAUCGCACGCAGUAUCGGCUUCCCCUGGCUCAUGACCAUCAUCGGCGUGGUGGACAUCCUGUUCGCUCCACUUUGUUUCUUCCUCCGCAAUCCUCCAGCCAACGAGGAGAAAAUGGCCAUCCUGAUGGAUGUGAACUGUUCCAUGAGGUCCUACUCCACCCAGGGCUCCAGCUAUCAGAUGGGAGACGACAUGGACUUGGACAGUCCAGAGUAGACGCCUUUAACCUCUCUCAGAAAUAGACCUUUGCCCCCUAGCCGUGUAUGUGCCCUACUAGUGUAAUUUUUGCUGUAUAAGAAGGGAGAAUAGGGACUUUUAACACAACCGUGUGGCCGAGGCUCCGUCCCUAACACUUUGUCGUUUGUUCUGCUGAAACCAAAGCCGUUGUCAUCGUCCUUUAAAAUUAGGGUUGAAGUAGCACGCCGAGUCAAACCAACAGCCUUAUCUACACACUCAGUAGGGCCAUUCGUUCGGAAACAGGGUCUUUAAAGCCACCAACAAGGAUACGACAAGACACUCGUGUUUAAAUUAGGAUAUCGGGGGAUAUUUUAGAAAGAUAAAAAAAAAAAGGAGUUGAUUUGAUUUUAAAAAACAAACAUAGAGUAAACAAUAUUUCCACAUUGGAUUUCAAAUCGAUCAGAGUUAACGUAAAUAAUUUAAUUCAUUGUACUGCUUAAUAAACCCUAAUAUUACUGUAUUUUAUAAGGUUUUCACAUCAGGAUUUUUUUCCCCUCCCCUUGUUCAUAAAAACAUCCCAUUACCUUCAAAUGAUCUGCUUUAGCAAUUAUAAAAAAAAUUAUGAUCUCGUAUGAUUAUAAUGUAUAAAAUUAGAUUAUCACGAUAUUUAUUUCCGUCAUUUACAUUUCCUUGUGUUAUGAAGCGUUAAUUACCUUUGUUGUAAAUCCCUGAUCGUGGCUUUAAAACACACGAAGCUGAAGGUGACCUGUGCUCCGUCAGCAUCCUGUAUAACCGCUCGACACUUAAAAUCUCAAAGAUGACUUGGCUACUUUUAAAAAAAAUCUCCAUUAGGAGUCAGAUGUUGAACAAUGCACUAUAGGGAGGCGAAUCAGCGCACAAAGAGGACGAUUUCUAUCUUUUGUUGUGUUUUUAUUUAUUUUUACGGGAAGGGAAACUUGUCUGAGGAGUUCAUUUGCGUCAGGUGUGGCUAAAACUAAUCCUAUUUCACCUUGAAAUGGCCUUACAAAGUUUCCUUUAUAUAACAAGGGUUGACUGUUUAACAAAGACCACACGUCAGUUUUCUUAUUCGAAUACAAAAGGCUAAAAUGUGAGAGUACACCGAGGAAAGUGUGACACGAGAGAGAGAGAGAGAGAGAGAGAGAGAGAGAGAGAGAGAGAGAGAGAGAGAGAGAAUAUCUGCAGUCAAACUGAAGUUUAUGUGACGUUUACAUUCAGUGUUGCCUCUAAGCCAAACUUUUGCUUGUUGGCCCGUUACAUGUUCCUGUCUGUUCAGGUCUUAUAUACAGUACGUGAACCAGCUACGAUUCAAGAUGUCGAUGUCGUCUUAUUUAUUAACGUGUAUCAAACAAGUUUCAUUCAGCACAUCGUUUUCAUCCUAAAACAACACAAAGAAGACACAAUGUUGCUCCUGGUUAUGAAUACGAGUUGUGUUUGUAAGUGUGUCCAUCCUUCAGGUGUGAAAUCCAUCGUGUCUGAGAGAGAGAGAGAGAGAGAGAGAGAGAGAGAGAGAGAGAUAGGAUCAUUUCAUCAGAAACGCACAGCUGUAGAGGAUCUCGUUAUCUCGUUAUAGUGCCUCCGUCGAAUUAGAUUAUAAUCUGAUUUCUAAAGUGUAUAUAGUAUAUAUAUAUCUAUAUUUUAGUAAGCACAUGUGAAAAUGGUUGUUAAAGAUGUCUGCUGUUAUAUAUAUAUUUCAUAUAAGCCAUAUAGGUACUAGUCAUAAUUUAAUUCUCAUUUUUAGCCGUUCCAUUAUUUCUGCUCGUGCACGAUUCUCUCUUAGCGAUGGAGGGAGCUGUAAAAAUCCAGGUCUGGAAAAGCAGAACAUCUGUGACAUGGUUCUGCCUUAAAGAGCACAUCUAAGAGCACAUCUCUUAAUCAGAUCUGUAGCAAUCAGUGUUAAAGCUGUGUGCGUGCAGCUCCACCAUGCACAAAGACAAUUCAAGCUAACGAGAAAGAGCAGAUAAGUUCGUACCGUACAUCACUAUCACUAUAACCGAAUCCUGAUCUUAAAAAAAAUAAUAAUAAAGCACAGAGGCUGUGCUUUUUUUUUUUUUUUUUUUUUAGAUGGAAGUCUAAAAUCUUCAAAUGUUUAUUUCUUUUCCUUUCCAAAAUCUAAGGUUUAAGGAUUAUUCUCCGGUUUUUGCAUUAGCUCCUGACUCGAUAUCAUUAUCGGUGUAUCACAAAAUACUAACCGUGACCAUCUGGCUUUGCCACUCAGAGCCAUCAAUCCAUCAAAAUGUAUCCAUAUCAUAACCUAGUGAUCUACAGUAAUCCUGUUCGAGGCAGAAACAUCCAUUAGAGUCUAGUCGAUCUGCUCAAAGACGAUGUGCUAAUUUACCAGCCCACCUACUGUAGGAUUGAGUUGCCCAAACAGUAACUUAGUAUAGUAAGAAAACAACUUCUAUGGCGAGCAGGGUUUGUCAUUGGGGUCGUACCAAACCCCAGGUCUUACCACACAUCCUGCUUUUCUCCUUGCUGCACUUUCUUUUUCUGUGCAACACACCUGAAGGUCUGCUGUGGGAGUACUGUACAUAUUUAUAAAAAAAAAAAAAACACACACUUUCUUUAUAUAUAUAUAUAGAUGCUUUUUGUGUGGCUGCAUUUGCUGAUGCAUCUGCUUCGGCUUGACAUUCACAGAUAGCAAUAGAUUUCGUUAAUAGGAUCGCAUCCAGGAGAUCAGACAUCAGGAACAUUGUAGGUGAUUAACUUACCUAAAAAGUAAGGAAACCUCUGCGUGUCCACAACAUGCCAAAAUCAUGUACUACACUGAAACCAUAUCUGCUAUCGGUAUAAACGGUAACAAUUUAGCCUCAUGCUAUGAGACUGUUUUCUGAACGCUUGAUCCAUCUACAAAAAAGUUCAAUGUCUGGAAAUCUGCAUUGGCAUCUCCUGCAAAUUUCAGUUACAACCGCUACACAAUGGUGCCAUUCUCUGAAAAAUGUUCUUCUAUGAAAAUGUUCUACACGUUCCUGCCUUUUAUAAGUCACUAGGAAUAAGGAUAAAGAUUCAAGCGAACACUGGGAAAUGUAUGUCGAGGAUGCUCGGAGUUCCUGAGUGCAGUUUAAUACAGGUGAUUGGAUUUAUUUCCUGUCUCGAACAGUACAUUACGUAAACAAAGUAACUACAGUGUAAUCUGGGGGUUUAACUGUUAUUCUAAUCAGAAUAACAGUGACGUAUGUAUAUAGGGUCAUACCUGCAGCAUGUAAGCUGUAUGUACUGUAAGAGUCAGCUUUAAUAAACUCUCCACACAAUCGGUUUUAUUUAAAGCUUGCACUGUAUUAAACCGAAGAAGAAGGAAGAAAAAAAAGGAAAAACGGAGAAUAAAUUGAAGGAGCUUCAUCUGUUCACAAACAUCAUCCCUCCAUCAAAGAAUUCAAACUAUUUGUGUCGUUUGUUUUCUUGUUCUGAGAUCGCUUGCAUAUGUGCCAAUGUCGGUGUGCCUUUCUUCAUGUGUCUUCUGUGUGUGAGUGUGUGUGUGUGUGCGUGUGUGUGUAUAAAGUAUCUCCUCAAGACCAUGAGAGGACAGUUUUGUAUCCUGUAGAAUUUCCUGUAGUCAGGAUUCAAAUCAUAAGACUGUAAACACUAUAGGAUGUAUGUACUGUAUGUAGUUGGGACUACAGCCAAAAAAAUAAAUAAAUGUUGGAUAUUGA